AUGACCAUCUACCGCACUGGAGGGACACCAGAGCAGUCUCAUUGUUUUUCCAGUGAAAGAAGACCAGCCAGAAGUGAUCUAAUUGUUCUGGUUGCCCAUAACGAUGAUCCCACUGAUCAAAUGUUUGUGUUUUUUCCUGAUGACACAAAAAUCGGUAUUAAAGUCAUUAAGACUUACUGCCAAAGAAUGCAGGAGGAAAAUAUCUCCAGAGCAAUCAUCGUUGUACAGCAUGGAAUGACACCAUCUGCUAAACAAGCUUUGGUAGACAUGGCUCCUAAAUACAUUUUAGAAUAUUUCCUGGAAUCAGAACUCCUAAUUAACAUCACUGAACAUGAGUUGGUUCCAGAGCAUGCUGUUAUGACACCUGAAGAAAAAACUGAACUUCUAAACAGAUAUAAGCUUAAAGAAAAUCAACUGAUGAGAAUUCAAGCUGGUGAUCCUGUUGCUAGAUAUUAUGGACUUAAGAGAGGGCAGGUGGUGAAAAUUAUACGAAACAGUGAAACUGCAGGGCGUUAUAUAUCUUACCGUCUUGUUGUUUAG